AUGCGUUUGCAUUCUACAAUCAAUGCACGUGAAGCAAGUUUUAGCGCAAGAUACAGCAAUAGCAAAAAGAACAAGGUGACAAAUGAGGUUGUUUGGAAACAAUUUGUUUGCUUUAAGGCGGGUCAGACUGAUGAAGCUCGUUCAGUGAAAAGAGCAUUGAGUGGUGGCCCGAUUAAGACAAGAACUCGUGGUAAAGUUAGAACUGAUUGUAAGGCAAAGAUGUCUAUUAUCAAGCAACAAACUGGAUCUGAUUGGAGUGUUAGUGUUUUCACAGAAGAAGCUAACAUACCUACCUGUCACCAAAUGCAACUAUCAGAGAUAGAGUGCGGUGGGCCGGAAAAUGUAGGUUGCACAGAAAGAGAUAUUAGAAACUUUGAGAGAGAUUUAAGGGAUGAGCAAAAGGGUAUUGAUGCAGAAACUGUGAUAGAAUUCUUUACCUCCGAGAAAGAGAAGGAUUCAACAUUUUCUUUUGUCUAUGAGACAGAUUCAGGUAACAUGUUUAAACGAUGUCUUUGGGCAGAUUCUAGAUCAAGGAUGACGUAUAGUGUAUUUGGUGAUGUUAUUGGGUUUGAUUCCACUUAUAACACCAAUAAGUAUGGAAUGAUUUUUACAACUUUCGUAGGGGUUAAUCAUCAUCAUCAAACAAUAGUUUUUGGAUGUUGGUUUUUAAGUGAUGAGAAGACUGAUUCAUAUAUUUGGUUGCUUAACAAGUUUUUGGAAGCGAUGCCUACAGAUGCUCCAAUAGCAAUUAUCACUGAUCAAGAUCCUGCUAUGACGAAAGCAAUUGCACAAGUUUUUCCAAAAACAGUGCAUCGCUAUUGCUUGUGGCAUAUAUUGAACAAAUUCUCAGAAAAGAUUUCUCCGGUGGCUUUCAGAGAUCAUUAUAAGAGCAUAAAGAAUGUUAAAAAAAUUUCUACAUCUCCAGAAGAAUUUGAGCAAAGUUGGGUUGAGGUGAUUAAAUAUGCUAAGUUGGAGCAAAAUAGUUGGAUAUUGUUGAUGUAUGAACUACGACAUAAGUGGAUUCCCGCAUAUUUUAGUCAUGUAUUUUUUGCUGGGAUGUCAAGUAGUCAGAGAUCUGAGAGUUCGCAUUCAUUUUUCAAAAAGUAUGUCUCUAACAAGAACUCAUUGAUGGAUUUUAUCACACGAUUUAAUCGAGCAUUAAGACGCCAAAGACACAAUGAGUUAGUUGCGGACCAUAUUGACAUGAAUGAGCAUCCCAAAAUCAAAACAAAUUGUCCGAUGGAAACUCAAAUGGUUAAAGUGUAUACGAAAAAGAAAUGGAUGGAGUUUCAAGAAGAAAUGAGUCGAAGCCAUGGUUAUUCUGUGCAACAUGCCUCGACAAGAGAUGAAUCAGAUGAUAUUGUGAUUUACAAUGUGAUGAGCUUUCAAAGUUGUUCGUCUUCGAAGCCGAGGCUACUCGUGCAUGAUAUAAGGAGAGAUCAUAUAUCAUGUAACUGUGGAAAAUUCGAGUUUGAUGGUAUUCCAUGUAGACACAUGUUAGCUUUUUUCCGCAUUAGCCAAAUAUUUGAACUACCUGACAGAUACUUACUUAAGAGAUGGGCACGAGAAGCAAAGGUUGGCAUUGUAUAUACAAUGGAUGAUGAAAACACCAAUGAUGAUCCAACAAACUUUUUGGUAUCACGACGCUCCAAGUUAUCUUACAAGGCUUCAAUAUUGAUUGAUGAUGCACCUUUGACUAAUGAGAGGACAAAGUUUUUGGAUGAACAACUUGAUUAUCUACAUGGUAAGAUCAAAGAGAUGAGUAGUAGCCCAACUACUGUAUACGGAAGUCAAAAAGGGGAAAGAUCAAAUAAAUCAAGAAAGAUUGGCGAUCCUUCCGGAAUAAGAACAAAAAGAUGUGACCAGUUGCAGAUAAUCGCCACGACAACAAUGAAUAUGCACAUGAAAAAGAUUGAUGUUCGUAGCUGGUGA